UGGGCAAAGUUGGAAAGAACCGCUUCGACUGCUGGAAACGCUUUACGACCACCAACCGAUCGAAGAGGAAGAAGCCGAAAAAGAUGAACAACAGCCAGCCGAGAAGCAAUCCGAAUGGGAAGCGGAAACGAGAAUCGAAGAAACAGCGAGCCGGAGCAGAAGAAGAAGAAGAAGGCCGAGGAGCGGGCCAGCCACUGCCGAGCUCGCUGUCGAACCCACUGAUGCUGCCGGUGGCCCCGUCGACCGGGCCGCCGAAGGACUCGGAUUCUGCGCCCAAGUUGAUCGUCGUCCUCAGCCAAGCCUGUCUCGAAAAUUACGCCCAAACCGUCAAGCAAUCUUCGGCCUCCAGCUCGAAAUCUAAGGCGUCUUCCGCAAAGAAACAGGUCAAAUAUACCCUCCUCAAUUGCGAUGAUCAUCAGUCUAUCCUUGCUAAAAUGGGCAAAGAUAUCGCUGCGACUCGUCCUGAUAUCACUCACCAAUGUCUGCUGACGUUACUUGAUUCACCGGUCAACAGAGCCGGAAGGCUCCAAGUAUACAUCCACACCGCCGCUGGAGUCUUGAUCGAAAUCCAUCCUACAGUCAGAAUCCCUAGAACUUUUAAACGGUUUAGCGGCCUCAUGGUGCAAUUGCUUCAUCAACUAUCCAUCAAGUCUACCACAGGCAAAGAGAAACUAUUGAAAGUGAUCAAAAAUCCAAUUUCGGACCAUCUGCCGCUGAAUUCGCACAAGAUCACCCUCUCGUUCGAUGCGCCUCCGGUCAAAGUAUCCGAAUAUGUGACCACCAUUCCAUCGGAUAAGCACUUGGUUGUUUUUGUUGGUGCGAUGGCUCAUGGUGCUGAUGACUUUGCUGAUCAUCUGGUCGAUGAGAAGAUCGCCAUCAGUCAAUACAGUCUUUCAGCUUCGGUUGCUUGUGGAAAAUUUUGCUGUGCGGUCGAAGAUCAUUGGGGAAUCCUGUAAAACCACCUAAAUCACCCUUUUUUUCCCUUUUGCCAUUUCAUGUUUCAUUUUUAUAUUUGGGCAAUGUUUCAGCAAUCAAUCAUAAACGAGUUGUUGAUGCGGUCAAAAGAAACCUAUGAGGAAAGACAGGGCCUCA